AUGUAUUCAAAUCCAAAUUCACGAUCAAAUUCAAUGGUUAAAUUAUUUCGACGUCGUUCAACAGCAACAACAUCAGGUGUUGGAGAAAGUUUAUAUGGAGAUGAUUUAGAAUGGGACAAAUCAGAUUGUUCUCGACAUUUACUUGAAUCUGAUGCUUUGUCAUCUUAUGAUGUAAAUGAAAUGGCUGAAAUAUUACGUAAUCGUUUUCUUGAAUUUGAUAUGUCAUCACAAACAGGUGAACAUCAUAUAUCUUCACGUCAAUCAUCGUUAUUAGGCGAAGUAUUAACGCCUAUGACAAAUUAUGAUUUUACUAUUGAAGAAUUUCUUAAGACAAAUUUCAUAACACCAAAAAUCACAUUUGAUAUUGAAUCUUUAUAUGAAAAUAAAAUCAUGAAUCGUCCUUUUCAUCGAAGUUUAACAGAUUUAAAUAUAAAAGCUCAUCAAGAAACAAUACUUUUAUCAAAACAUUUAUCCUUAAUGGAUAUAUCAUCCAUCGAAUGGACAUUUCUAAAGCAUGCAACACCGCGUGCAUUAUUAUUAGCAAAUGCAAAUUAUCGAACAUCAUUUAGCCAAAUACCUCAAUCUAUGGAACCUGAGCCAGAACCAUUUUUAUUCAAUACAAAAACAAGUUUAAAUUUCUCACGUUUAUCCAGAUUAGCAAUGAUUCGUUUAUAUAUGUCAAAAUUAAGGGAAAAAGUUUUUUCCUUUGUUUUAGAAACUAUUCAACCAUCAAAACGAUCACCAAUGCCAAUUAUUACAGAAGAAACUAUCGAGACUUAUGAUAUUAUCGAAGAAUAA